AUGUCAAAUUAAGACAUCAAUGAACUACCGCCCCUUAAAGUCAAUGUCCCCUCUUUCUUGAUGAAAACAUAUGAAAUUCUUGAAGUAUAUCAUUUUUAGUUACUAUUUCUUAUUCAGAACCCUUCUUUAUCCCAUAUAAUUACUUGGAAUCAAGAUGGAAACGCAUUUAUAGUCCUAAAUUCCCAUGAAUUAUCUUCCAAGGUUCUUGCAAACUAUUUUAAGCAUAAAAACUAUCCUAGCUUUCUAAGGUUAUCUUCUAUUUUAUAAUAGAUAACUUAAUAUGUACAACUUUAAAAAAACUAAAAAUCAUUAUGGACAAAGUGAGUUUAGACAUUAAUGGUUUAGAAAAGGACUUAAGUAAAUUUAUUCUCUUAAUUACCUAGAAGUAUGCUUCAAUACAUUCGUAGGAGAAAUUAAGAUGAUUCUGAGAAUAAAAUAGAGAUAAAAAGCACAAAUAUUCCAAAAAUUGAUAAUUAUAAGCAAGAACACAAUGAAAUGAAAAAGAUUGUCUAAGAAAUUCAAACAACUUAGUUUUAAAUGGAAAUUGAUUUUUCAGCUUCCAUGGAAUAAAAUAUAUAAUCUACACGUUCUAGUCAAACUAUUUUAUAAGUUUUAUAGUUUAUCUAAUAUUUAGGGUUUAAAUCAAAUGUAGUAAUAAUUCAAUAAAAAAUUUGAUAGUCUUUCCUAUUAUCUAAGAUUGUUUCAUAUAUUCCUAAUUUAGGUAAGAUUCUCUAAUAUUUAUUAAGCAUAUUCAAUGGGAGAUCUUUUUAAAUACUCAUGUGAAGAAUCUUCUCCAAAUAGAUUAGAACAUAAUUAUAUUGUUCCUUAUAAUGAGAAUAAUAACUACUAUAAUAAUAUAGGAUCACCAUAUCAUUAAUAUUCAUGCAAUAGUCCAAUUCAUCUUGUUUUGUCUAGAUAAAAUUAUUGUAAUGUUCAAAAAUAAAUUCUAGAAUUUUAAGAUUAUUGCUUUUAAUUUGAUCCAAAUAUUUUCUAAUUAAAUAGAUAAAACCAAUAAUAAUAGCUUGCUUUACCUGCUCCAGAUUUAAAUUCAUAUUUACGUAAUAAUAAAUAUAUAUCCAUUCAAGCCAGCAAUAAUUAUUCUUUACGAUCAAGUUAAUAAAACUCACCUUAUAGAAUUGCAAGUCCUAGUCAUUCUUCCUCAACAGAUUCUAAAAACCCAGAAAGAGUAUAUCAUUUAUUUAAGAAAACACUAGUUUAAUUUUUACUAACAAGCAUGA